GACAGCUCCUGGUGUACGCUGUUCAUUAUGCAGACCGGACUUAGAUAACCACAAUUAAAUUAAAGAAAAACUCCAGAGAGCGGAGAAAAGAUCAACUCAGUAAGGAAUUUUGCUUUCGAGUGGCUGAUGCCUCUAAAUAAAUCGCAUGGGAGCGUGAGGGCAUACCUGUGCUCUUAUUUCAAUCAUGGCAUUACGCUUUUCGUCCUUCACCAUCAAAGACAUCCUCACCGGAUGUGAUGCCCGGGGGAAGCCCUGUACCAGGAGUACAGAGGAGCUCCACGCACCAAAGCGCAACAUUUGCACCGGGCAUGGUACGAGAGUCUCCGAUCUGUCUCACCAAGACGUGAAUGAGAAGCGCAUCCACCGGGAGAGACUUCCUGCUGAUCUCAGGGUGUCUGUUGGAAAUGUCCGAUCUGAUACCUGCAACAAGGAGGCCACAGGAGAGGAGACUGAGCUCAGAGAAGAACAGCAGCCACACGGCGUGGAGCGGGAUAAACGGAAGAAAGAGGAGGCGGAGGAGGAGGCGGAGGAGGAGGAGGAGAUGGAGGGAUGUCACCACGGCGGGGAGACGGUCAGCUGUUCGUCCGAUAAGCAGCGGUGCAGGCCGGGUACGAAGAAGCGCUCCAGGGCGGCCUUCUCUCACGCGCAGGUCUACGAGCUCGAGCGCCGGUUUAACACGCAGCGGUACCUGUCAGGUCCUGAACGGGCCGAACUGGCAGAAACUCUCAAACUCACAGAGACCCAGGUGAAAAUCUGGUUCCAGAACCGGAGAUAUAAAACCAAACGGCGCCAGAUGAUGGCCGAGCUGGCGGCGUGCAGCUCACCGAAGAAAGUAGCGGUACAAGUGCUGGUGAGGGACAAUCAAAAGCAGUACUAUGGAUCGAAUGGAGUACACAUCCCUAUGACUGUGCCCCUGUACCAGCAGGCCUACCAGUACCACCCCUACUUGCACUACUGCUGCCAGCCCUGGAGCAUGGGCGGUACGUCCUGUGGAGGGAUGCUCUGAAGCCCUCACUCUUCUUCAGAGAAUACAUGACUGGGACAAAUGUUUCUCCCAACUCAAGGUGUUGGCAGCUUCUCUGUACAGUCAAUGGAUCCCCCUUUUGUUUCCUAGAGGGUUCCUUCU